CACGCAGCCUGUUGCAACGUCGCCUGCGCAAAUUCCGCGCUAUGUACGGAUCUAAAGAAUGACGAUGAACAAGCAACUAGAUCAAAGACGGCAGCAAUUACUCAUUCAACAUCUGGCCAUCACAUCAUGCAUAUGAGUGCUUUCAAUGUUGCUCACGACCAGCAUAACAAUGGGCUUCCACAGGAAAAUCUUUUAUCUGCUGCCACCUUUCACGUAUCUAAUCCGAUGCUCGUUAAAACUGCGCAGUCGGCUUGCCGAAGUAAUCACGCUAACACUUCCAGUGUUGAUUGGGGAGAUUGCCCUCGAGUAGUUCAGUCAACUAGCAGCCGCGCAUCCAAUCUUAUUUACAGUGAAAGCCCACAGUCGGAAUCUUGUCAAAGCACAGAUUUGGAAAAUGUCUGUGAGCGGCCUGCGGAAAUUUGCUUAUGUAGACCCAUCGUCAAAGGAAAUUCUGCACAGUUAUUAUCAAGGCAGAAUAUGGAUGUGCCUUUUAACUUUAUCCACGAAGAAUCCUCUCAGGUAGAACAAAAAUCUAAUGCCGAUUUAUAUGCAUCUGAUCCUAUGUUGUUACGAACUGCGAAGUCGGCUUCAGUCCAAAAUGUUGAUAGAGAUACUGCAAGUGUUCUUUUCGAUGGACAAUCUGGAGAUACUGAAGUAAUCAAUGCUAACGUGCAUGCGAUAAAUCCCAUGCAGCGUUUGUGUGCAUCUGAGAUUGCUUACGAGGAAAAACUGUUACCGGAAAAAAGACUGUCCAAUGCCGAUUUGCACGGCUACAAUGCUACGUUGGGAAAACCCGGAAAGUCGUCUUCACGAGAGAGCAUUCAAAAAAAUGCUCUGAGCGUCGUUCGUGACGAACCUCCUCGAGAUAUUCGCCUAUCCAACGCCAGUCUUCAUUCGUCCAAUCCCAUGCUGACACGUAUUCAAUCGCAUUCACAGCAGAGCAUCGAACAGGACUCUUAUGUCCCUUACGAAAAUCCUGCAGAGGUCAUUGCCUCUGACAAACAACCUGAAAACCCUCCAAUGAGGAUUAGCAUGGUAAUUUUUUAG